AAAGCAAACUGAUCUUCCUGUAACUUGAUCCUGAGAGAUAGUGUAACACGUACCCCUCAGGUGCUGAAUUAAUCACGAUAUAAAUAGUUCCAGGCGCAAGCUAUCCCAAGAACACGCGCGGGCAUAGGCAGGUCGAUACACAGUGCAAUAAUGGCAAUGAAGGAGGAGGCCGAGAUCAACCUAGAGCUCACCCUCUGCUACACCUCGGCGUCGCCGCCGGAGGAGCCUAUCGUCGGCUUCUUCCUCUGCAUGUACUGCGACCGCAAGUUCUGCAGCUCGCAGGCGCUCGGCGGCCACCAGAACGCGCACAAGUACGAGCGCAGCCAGGCCAAGCGCCGGCGGGAGGCUACCGCCGCCGAGAUGCGCGCGCACGGCGCGCUCCCGGGGGCUGCGGCGGCGCAGGUCGACAUCACGGACGGCGGCGACGCCUGGUACUCCACUCCAGCAUCUCAGAGGGUGAGGGCCGAACCACCGAAGGCCGCUGCUCCCGAGGUUGGCAAGAGCUCGCCGGUGGACUACGGCGUCGAGAACGCUGACGGGCUGGACUUGGCUCUCAGGCUGUAGCCAAUAACUACCUCGCUAGCUUUCCGAAAUCCCAAUGUGUCGGUCCGUCUGUUUACUGGAUUUUCUCGAUCCGUGUUUCUAUCUUGAUUUAUUUCCCUGAUGAAGUUUUCCAAUAAUGGCCUGAACUGAACUAGCUAGCCUGACAGGCUUGGCUACGUGUACUUCAGAUUGUGCAUAUUCCAUGCAGGGUUUGAAAUUAAUUUAGUAUGUACUUUUAUACCGGGGGAACCGAAAUUAAUUGCAAACCCUCGUUACUUCCAUGUGUUCUCCUAUUCCCCACAAUCCCGAAUUUUUUCCAGAAUUUCCUUGAGAAUCUUCAUGUGUCCUGAGAUACAUAUUCUGUUUGGUUAUUGCUGUAGUUUGGUAUUGGCCCUUUUUUUUUCCCACUAGCCUAGCAAUUUGAU